AUGCUUCCUCCUGCCAUUCAUUUCUCUCUCAUUCCCCUUGCAUGCAUCCUAAUGAAAAGCUGUUUGGCUUUUAAAAAUGAUGCCACAGAAAUCCUUUAUUCACAUGUGGUUAAACCUGUUCCAGCACACCCCAGCAGCAACAGCACAAUGAAUCAAGCCAGAAAUGGAGGCAGGCAUUUCAGUAACGCUGGACUGGAUCGGAACACUCGAGUUCAAGUAGGCUGCCGAGAACUGCGUUCCACCAAAUACAUCUCCGACGGCCAGUGCACCAGCAUCAGCCCUCUGAAAGAGUUGGUGUGUGCAGGCGAGUGCUUGCCCCUGCCUGUGCUACCUAACUGGAUCGGAGGGGGCUACGGAACAAAGUACUGGAGCCGGAGGAGCUCCCAGGAGUGGAGGUGUGUCAAUGACAAAACGCGUACCCAGCGAAUCCAGCUGCAGUGCCAGGAUGGCAGCACGCGCACCUACAAAAUAACCGUGGUCACCGCCUGCAAGUGCAAGAGGUACACGCGGCAGCACAACGAGUCCAGUCACAACUUCGAGAGCCUGUCGCCCGCCAAGCCAGCCCAGCAUCACCGAGAGCGCAAAAGAGCUGGCAAACCCAGUAAGCACAGCAUGAGUUAG